CUUUAUAAAUAGUACACAGUGUCUCUCUGCAAAACUUGCAGCUCAUAGUGUAAGCUUCAAAGAGCCCAAAAAUGGCGGAGAAGAAUCGAUUAGUCACCGUUGCUGCUUUGCAGUUCGCCUGUACCGACGAUGUCUCCACCAACGUCGCUACCGCCGAGAGAUUGGUUAGAGCUGCUCAUCAGAAGGGUGCAAAUAUCAUCCUCAUACAGGAGUUGUUCGAGGGCUAUUACUUUUGUCAAGCACAAAAGGAGGAGUUCUUUCAUCGAGCAAAACCAUAUCCGGGCCAUCCAACCAUUGUCAGGAUGCAGAAUCUUGCAAAGGAGCUUGGAGUAGUUAUUCCAGUUAGUUUCUUUGAAGAGGCAAAUAAUGCGCAUUACAAUUCUGUGGCUAUAAUUGAUGCUGAUGGCACAGAUCUUGGACUUUACAGGAAGUCCCAUAUUCCUGAUGGACCUGGUUAUCAGGAAAAGUAUUACUUCAAUCCCGGUGACACUGGUUUUAAGGUAUUCCAGACUAAAUAUGCAAAAAUUGGAGUUGCAAUUUGCUGGGAUCAGUGGUUUCCUGAGGCUGCUCGAGCUAUGGCACUUCAAGGUGCAGAAGUAUUGUUCUAUCCUACUGCAAUUGGUUCUGAACCUCAAGAUGAUGGACUUGAUUCUCGGGAUCACUGGAGGAGGGUGAUGCAAGGACACGCUGGUGCUAAUGUGGUACCUUUAGUGGCGUCAAACCGCAUUGGAAAGGAGAUAAUUGAGACAGAGCAUGGGAAUAGUGAGAUAACAUUCUACGGCUACUCUUUCAUAGCAGGCCCCACUGGGGAGUUGGUUGCAGCUGCCGGUGAUAAAGAAGAAGCUGUUCUUGUAGCUCAGUUUGAUCUGGACAAAAUCAAGUCCAAAAGGCAUGGUUGGGGGGUGUAUCGUGAUCGACGUCCUGAUUUAUAUAAGGUUCUUUUGACGCUAGAUGGCAGCAACCCAGUCAAGUGAUUCAAGAUGAUCUAAGUACUGCAGAUUCUCCUGCCUUUUUUUUUUUUUGAAAUCAUAAGAAUAAAAAGAUGAGGACUCAAAUGAGAAAUUUGUAUUUGAGUUCUGUUGUAAUGUAACUCGUUAAUUUCUGUAAUCUGCCGCAUUCUACUUUUUAUGUAAGGCAAAAUUUGUUGAGUUUGAAUCCUGCAACGUUUCAUCAGUGCAUCAAUGUGCAAGUUGAUGGUUUUUUGUCA